AUGCUAUCAUCUAGAAUUGUUGAAGAGGUUAAACAUGCAAAGUAUUUUUCUAUCUUGAUGGAUGAAGCCACAGAUUGUGCAAAUAUCGAACAGAUGUCUUUGGUUAUUCGCUUUGUGGACAAGCAGUUCUUAAUUCGUGAAGAUUUCCUUGGAUUUAUUCCAUGCACAGAGGGCCUAUCUGGUGAAGGCUAUGACGGAGCAGGGAACAUGGCCGGUAAAUAUUCUGGUGCAGCCCGAAUAAUGGCUAUUCAAGAGAAAGCAGUAACAGCUCGUACGAAAUAUGAUGGAUGCAGUUCGUGUGACGUCCGAGUUCUUUCGAUUUUCCCAAAACGUUUUGAUUUGCUAAAGAAGAUAAUUAAGAAAGAACUGCCCAACUGCCGUCACAAAGUUAUUAUCGACGUUUGUAAGACCAGGUGGGUGGCAAGGAUUGACGGUUUAUUAAAUUUUAUCGAAGCUUUCCCGGCUAUUGUUCAAUGUUUAGACGAAAUCAAGGAUAAUGUUGACGGGCACUGGAAUGACGGAUCAACUGAAAAAGCUAACGGUCUCUAUCACAGCAUCGUCAAUUUUCAGUUUAUUUUGGUCCUUGUAAUUGUUUCCGGCUUUCUGGAGAUAACCAGACCACUUACUGUUCAGUUACAAGAUUCUAGUCUAGAUGCAAAUGCAGCUCGUGAAAAGGUUUCUCUUUUGUUCGUUAUGUUGGAGAGGUUCCGAUCUGAUAUUGAAAGAAAGCAUGAAACGUGGUUCAAGAAUGCUGCUGACCUUGCUGAAGCUGUUGGUACUCUCAGAGCCCUCUAUAGUAUAAGAAGUCACAGACCCAAUACUCCAGCAGAGUCCAUUUUGGAGUAUUAUCGUAGGGUUGUGUCCAUUCCUUUCCUGGAUCAUCUUAUUUCGGAAAUUAAAAAACGCUUUUCUGAAAGAAACUUAAACAUUUUGGAUGCCACAUAUGGAAUGCCAAAAAAUGUUUUGUCGAAUCCAGAGGGAUGGAAAGAAAGAUUUUCUCAGUUUCUUAACAAAUAUAAAGACGACCUUCCCCAGCCUCGUCUUCUUCCCACCGAGCUUGAAAUGUGGUUUGAAAAAUGUCGUUUAUCUAAAGAUAGCUUGCCGUCUAACCUCGGCGAUGUUUUGAAGUUUGCAGACAAGGCCACUUUUCCUAACAUAUUAACUGGUUUUCUAAUAUUCGCAACAAUUCCAGUAACUACUUGUACAUGUGAACGAUCCGUUUCUACCCUAAGACGACUUAAAACAUAUUUGCGAAAUUCCAUGUCAGAAAGUCGAUUAAGUGCUUUAGCUAUGUUAAAUGUCCAUCGCGAAAUCCCGCUUGAUAUUGACGAGGUUAUCGAUUUAUUUGCAAAAAAACAUCCAAGGAGAAUUAUCUUGCGUGAUGUUAUAAUUAUGAUUGAUAACUUUGGCUUUUCUAAUCCAGUCAUCGGCUAA